AUAUCUUAAAAACGUAAAGAGGUGAGAUUCUAUUGGCAGCAUUCUUGCUAUGCUCGGAUCCACUCAUAGGUCAUUUGGGUAAGUGUAGUGAACGUAUAUAUCGUAUGAGGAGGAAACAAGACUUGGGUAUAGAUUGAUAUCCAUUCAUUGGAAAAAGAAAGGCAGGGUUGAUGGCAGCCAUGGACAUAUGCAAAUUACAGACAUUUAGUACUUCAACUGUGUAUUUUUCCAUUCCUCCAUUUCAUUCUAAUUUCUCCACAAGGCCAUGUAGGCAAAAGAUUUUUCCCUGGAAGAGGCAUCAAUGCACAAUAUCUUCAAAACCCAUUUCUGUUUGCAGAACAUCUGCCGCUGGCUGUAGGGGGCUUAUGAAAGGCUUGAUGGUGACUUGCAAGGCUAGUAGUGUUGGCGAGAGCGAGUUUGAAGAGAAGGUGGUGAAUUCAGAGCUUCCUGUGCUCGUUGACUUUGUGGCAGACUGGUGUGGCCCUUGCAAAUUGGUGGCACCAAUUAUUGAUUGGGCUUCUGAGGAGUAUUCCGGAAAAUUAAAAGUCUUCAAAAUUGACCAUGAUGCUAAUCCUCAACUUGUGGAGAAAUUCAAAGUCUAUGGCUUACCUACUUUAAUACUGUUUAAAGAUGGAAAAGAAGUUUUAGGAAGUCGAAGGGAAGGGGCCAUUACAAAGGAUAAACUUAAGGCAUAUCUGGACCAAUUAUUGGAGUCAGUGGCAACAUUGUAAAAUGCCUCAUAAUCAGUAGUAUGCAAAUCAUCAUUUAUGAGGAGAAAUUUAUUUCUUGUACUUUUAGUUAUUGUUUGAAAAAAAUGACGGUGAAAACACUGGAUUUAUUCCAUGUUCAAUCUGUUAUCCUUCUCGAUGAGGUAUCUCUUUCUUGUACUCUAGUCAUAUCAGAGAGAGAAAAGAUGAAGUGAUGGAUAUUUUUCUUGGUAAUGCUGUCUAGUAUGACAGUAAAAAAGUUUUCUGAGUCUCUAAUGAAGAAUUCUUUAUCAUUUCAUUUGGAGAAUUAGAGUACACAGCAGUUCAAUGCAUAAGUCAAAUCUCAUUUAGGAUUGUUUGACAAAUUUUCUUGAUAAAGAAAACUGGGAAUGGCUACUGAAGCAGUUCUCCAUUUUCAUUUCUCAGACAUGUAACAAAUUGAAGAAAAGCAACAGACAUGAAUGUAUCAUAUAAGGGGAAACAUUUUGCUGCAAAAUUCACAGGCAUCCUCAGCUAGGCUUGAGAUCAAGUUUGCAUUUUAUCUUGGAAAUUAAUCCAAUCCCGUAGUAUUUUGCAUGCCUGUAAUUUGACACUUCCGUGUCAAGGAUGCUGCAUUAUUUUGCUCACAUUUACAUCUAUUUUCCUCGCUCAAUUGACAGAUAUCUUUCAAAACCAUCUAUGAAAAUAAAUUCCUUGCUGAA